AACACCUCAGUCAACUCAUAGUUGCUCUGCCGUUAACAUGGACAAGUUAUUCGCUGUUUGGUGCUUGUAUGAAAACGAAAGCUCUCGAUCAACGCCAUCUGUAAGAAGAAAGCAACCAAAUGAUAAAACCACCACACCUAAACCUAAAGUUUCAGCGAAAAAUGAAGUGAAGUUUCGCCUGGUGACUCAAGACGAUAUUGACACAGUACGAGAAAUUUAUCAUCAAGGUCACCAAAACCGAAUUUUCCCCGCCUUCAAGAUUGGCAUUUGUCGGUCGACUUCUUUACUAGCUAUGUUAAUGCUGUUUGCCUUAUUGUAUCUGGCUACAAGAUCAACUGUUGUCUGUCUUUCCUUUGAACUCUUAUACGCAUGCUUAUUACUAGCAUCGUUCCAUAAACUUUUCAAUGAUCACAUUACCAACAGUUUAAGAAAGGAUUUGACAGACAUCACAGCGUACUACAAGACUCAAGAAACGUGUACGGGCUACAGUGAUUUUGCAAAAAACGGUUCAAGUAUGUGGGUUGCAGUGGAAGACAGCAUCGUUGUUGGAUUUAUCAGCUUCUCUCACGUCAACGAAGAAACAAUCGAAAUAAAGCGUUUGGGCGUCGCUCAAAAAUUCAGGGGGAGAAAAAUUGGAGCUGGUCUUUGUCAGUUUGCUGUGCAUUUUCUACAAAAUACAAGCUAUAAACGCAUCAUUCUUGAGACGACAGAAGCACAUCAACCGGCAAUUCGUCUUUACAAGAAAUUUAAGUUUGAACUCGUGAAAAGUUUUAAACACAGUUUUGGACUUGCGUCUAUUCAACUCGAAAAAUAUGAACUACCAUUAAGUGUAGCCAAUACACUGAACAUCGCGCAACCGACGCUGGCUAUGCAAAUUAACUCCAACUGCUCAAACGCCAUCUGCAAAUAUCUUACUGAAUGACAUGUUGUAAAAAAGUUAAUAAAAACAUGUGAACAAAAAAA